GGAAGCGCUCACACACACACACACACACACACACAGCUCGAGAGCCGUCGCGCGCGUCUCUGAUUAUGAUGAUGAUGAUAAUGAUGGUGGUGGUCGCUCAACCCGGAAGUGGAGCUGGAUGAUAUAUAUAUAUUUUUUAUGCGUAAUAAUAAGAUUAAUUGUUUUCCUCAUUUCUUUCAUCAUUGUCGUUGCUAUUAUUAAUAACGCGAAUGUGCGAUGGUGCUCGCGCGCGCCGCCGCCGCCGCUGCUCUCUUUCUGUGCGCGCUCUGUGCGCUGGCGUGCGCCGAGGACCGCGCGAGCGCCGGCUGUAGCGCGGUGAGACAGGCGUACAGGGACAUGGGCUUCAGCUCCGGGACCGUCCCCGAGAAUGAAACGGCAGGUGACUACCUGCAAGUGUGUGCGCAGAACUGGACGUGCUGUAGCGCAGAAAUGGAGCAGAAUUUCAUUGAGAGGAGUAAGCACGAGUUUGAAAAGUUUGUGGACGAGGCGACCGAAGACUUGAGGAACACGUUUGAGUCCAGAUAUAAAAGGUUUGAUGAUUUCUUCCUGGAGCUCCUGGAGAAAACCGAGCGCUCGCUGAAUGAGAUGUUCGUACGUACUUACGGCGAUCUGUACACGCAAAACGCUGACGUUUUCCAGCGACUGUUUUCUGAACUGAAACACUAUUACACUGGUGGAAAUGUGAACCUGGACGAGAUGAUCAACGAUUUCUGGACUCGUCUGAUGGAGCGCAUGUUCCAGCUGCUGAACUCACAGUACGACAUCAAUGACGAUUACAUGGAGUGCGUGAACAAGCACAUGGAUGACCUCAAGCCCUUCGGCGACGUGCCCAAAAAGGUCCAAGCUCAAGUGUCGAGGGCGUUUGUCGUCGCUCGAACCUUCGUCCAGGGACUCGGAUUUGGACAGGAAGUGGCUACCAAUGCAUCCAAGGUUAACAUGAGCGCGGAGUGUGUUAGCAACGUCACUGAAAUGCUGUACUGCUCGUACUGCCAGGGAGUGACGGUGACGAAGCCGUGUAAAGAUUCCUGCCUUCAUGCCCUGAAGCUCUGUUUGAGGCAGCAGCUCGGAAUGGACGACGACUGGACGCGAUACAUCGAUGCGAUGUUACUGCUGAUCGAGAGACUCGAAGGGCCGUUCAACAUCGAGUCCGUCAUGGAGCCGAUCGACGUCAAAAUUUCAGACGCCAUCAUGACUAUGCAAGAGAAAACCAUGGAAUUGUCAUACGAAGUUUUUCGUGGUUGUGGUCAGCCAAAGCUUUUGGAAAAGAGCAGAGUUUCCCGCGACGUCUCAGGCACAUUCGAUGCCGGAUUUACAACAACUGAGUCUGCUGGCACAAACCUCCAAAAACUGGUAGCGGACGUUAAAGGGAAGCUGUCGCAGUUUAAAUCUUUCUGGUCGUCGCUGCCCGAGUUCGUGUGUCAGGAUGAAAACGUAGCAGCGAGACCAGACGAGACAAACUGCUGGGACGGAGAGAAACAAGGCUGGAACAUCUCUGACGUCUUCGAUGAAGAGUUUAUAGAUUUUUCAGCGGUGAUCAGCUCACUAAAGCGCGCUUAUAACGGCUACCAGUCACCCUACGACGACUCUAGUGAUGAAAUGAGUGGAUCAGGAAGUGGGAGUGGCUGUAUGGAGUCGUGCUUUUCUCCACCUCCCCCUUUCAUCACCGAAAAGCCGAAUACAGAAUGGUCCUCCACCUCACGCCUCCAUCCAUGCAACGUUCUUCUUUUUCUUCUUCUGUUGGUUCUGUCCAUCCUCACAUCUCUCAGCCAGCAGAGAUAAUGCGUGCUUUUCCACCCGUCUCUGUUUUCGCGUAAGCUGGGUUGAGGACUCCAGGAUGAAAGAAGUGAAAUCGACUUAACGGAUGUUCAUGUCGUUCCUGUCCACUUCAUUUAUUUCCAUUACGGUUUCUUUGGUGGCAUCCUCUUUUAUUUUCACUUAAUAACCACUACGUUUUUACCUGCUUCGAUUAUGUCUAUAACGUCCUUUUGAUUAACAGUCGGUUCAUUUAUGAACAUUUUAAAGAUGCUUUGAGUAGAAUUUGGGCUCUUAGAGGUUGUGAACUUCAUCAAAAAAAAUCAUUUCAAAUGACUUGUUUGCACAGGUACCUGAAGCCCCGCCUCCCAGAAUCGACGUUGUCAUGGCGACAGUGGACAUUAGCUAAAUUGACUUUCAAUUCACUUAGUUAGUCCAUAUUUACUCAUUUUCUUUUGUCAUUACUCCUUUUUGGGGCUGGAAUGAAGGGACUUUAAUGUUGUACAAUACACAUACAGUACACUUGAUACACUCGUUUUGUUCACCAGAUAUUUCCACAUUAUUAGUAAUAAUAAUAAUAAUAAUAAUAAUAAUAAUAAUACUGUGCUUUGCAUAAGUAUUCAAGCUCUUGAACUUCUCCACAUUUCGUGUGUUACAACCUGGAACUGAAAACGACUUGGAUCGACACAAAAUAGCACGUAUAAUGAAUAUAGUCUGCAAUAUUAUUUGUGAAUUAAUGUUUUAAUGGUGAAGCAUGGUGGCGGUAGCAUCACGUCAUGAGGAUACUGUUCAUCAGCAGGGACUGUAGAGGAUAUAGAGGAUGGAGCUAAAUACAGGGCAAUCGUAGAAGAAAACCUGUUCCAGUUUGCAAGCGAGUUGAGACGGGGCGGAGCUUCACCUUCUAAUGUGGGCGGAGCUUCACUUUCGAACAGGACACGCAUAUUGGUAAAGCUACACUGUAGUGAUGCAAAAGCCAAGAACCAUUUCCUAUAGAGUUAUAUCCCUGAAGAUUUGCAGCUGUAAUUGCAGCCGAAAGACUCCUACCGAGUCUUGACCCAACAAAAUUUCUGCUUUUUUGUUUAACAAUAAAAUAAAUAUUUUGCACCUUCAAACGUCAGACAAUCAAAUGGUUAAAAAAACGAUGAAGUCUGCCUCAGUAGCAGGUUGUAACAGUACUAAAUGUGGCUUUGUGGUGUUCCACUACUUCUGUCUUGACCUUUAACUCCAUUAAGUUUCUCUGACUGUCUGUGAGAGGGAUUAAACCACUUGUCCAUAGAUCUAUAAACUCCUUUAUAUCAGCGGUUACACUCAGUGGCCACUUUAAUAGGAACACCUGUACCUCUGCUCAUUCAUGCAGUUAGCUGGUGCACAGGUGUUCCUAUUAAAAUGGCCGGCGAGUCUAAAUGUCACUGGUGUGAUUUGGAAAGGAGUCUUAUUUCCGAAUCUGAGCCACUUAGCGACGCUAAUAUGCAAUGCGUAACUACAGAAAUGUAUGCAGUAAGCCCUUUUAGCAUAAUAAGGUUCAUUUACAUGCAGAAAUAAACAGAAAUGUCUUUGAGUGAACGUU